GUAGCGUUGGCACGGUCUGUAUUCGACUUUCACUCCGUUAAUUGGUUGCAUAAAGGCUUCCAAAGCGGAAACGUUUUAUUCUUUGCCCCGUCCCCGGAUACCGUUGACCUUGGCUCUCCCUAUAUAUCUGGAUUCAAACUUUCGCGGCCUAGUAUUGUAGAAGAGAUGACAGAGAAGCCUAGGUUCGAUCCUUUACAAGACAUCUACCGUCAUCCUCAUGCGCAGUCGAGCCAUACAGACGGCAACUACCGGAAAUGUUAUGAUAUAUAUAGCCUAGGGGUGGUAUUGAUCGAAGUUGCGCUGUGGAAUCGUAUCGAGGAUAUCGUGGGGCUUGCGAAUCUCUCAACAGCUAAGCCAUCAACACUUCAAGGUCUGCAACACUGGCUCCUGGGGAAGUCGUUCACGAGAAAAGGAUCUUCCCUACCGAAGAUUCCCGGUGCGGGUCCGUGCUUGCAGCAGCUAGAUUCUGCAUGCGGCAAAGUGUUCCGCGACAUUGUGGAAUGUUGUUUGACAGUGGACGCGGUAGAGAUACCAGAAGGUGUGGAACAGGGAUCGACUGCCGUACUAAGGAUACAAAGAAUUACGGAACAAGACAUCGUGCGAAGGUUGGAGAGCAUCCAGGUUGCUCUAGGAGGUUGCUCUAGAGAUUCAAUAUCCUAAUACUAAGUACUAGGGUACUCCGCUGAUAUUAGACCCCAAUUCUCUAAUGUAACGUGAUCUCGUACCUCAUGUCCAGC